CUCCAGCUGCCGUUUUGUCGCGUUUGGACGCUGUUUUCCUGCAAUAUUAUUUAGUUAUUAUCGCUUAAUUUUCCCUUUUCACUUCAAGACACAGUCACACCGGGAACUCCAAACAUAUUUGCUUCCUUCUCGUUCCAAACUCGAUUCCUUUCAUGUGAAGGACCUUGAUCCACCCCUGACUACCAACCUGCCAGCAAACAUCCAGCAGGACCGUCACCCACUAAAAGCUGACACAAACGUUGUGCCCAGUGAGAGACACAGACAGCUACUGGAGCAGCCUGGAAAAUAUUUAACUGGCCUGAGCAGACAGAAGGGCAGCCAUGUUGAUCAUCCUAGCCUUCAUCAUCCUCUUCCAUCUGGCUGCAGCCAUCCUCCUCUUUGUUGCAACCAUUCACAAUCGGUGGUGGGUGGUGUCGCCAACUGGACGCGAUGUGAUCUACAGUGACCUGUGGUACUCCUGUAACUCCACCUGCUAUCCUGUGGAGAACAGCCAUACUGCUGAUGCAGCCUACCUGCAGGCCGUCCAGGCUACGAUGAUCCUCGCCACAAUUUUAUGUUGCGUCAGCUUCUUCGUCUUCAUCCUGCAGCUCUUCAGGCUCCAGCAAGGAGAAAGAUUCAUCUUCACCUCUAUUAUCCAGCUACUGGCCUCCCUUUGUGUGAUGAUCGCAGCGUCCAUCUACACGGCUCAGAAACAGAGCUUCCACGUACCCAGUCUUCAGGAAGGCUCCUACAGCUCCUCCUAUAUCCUGGCCUGGAUCAGCUUCCCCAUGACUCUCAUCAGCGGCCUCAUGUACCUGGUGCUCAGGAAGCGCAAAUAGAUGUGAGGGGCAGACACUCAAAAUCAUUAAACAGGAACACUUGGACACAUAUGGAUAAAGAAAUACACUUUUCAUCAACAAACAUGCAUUUAUACAUUCUCUAUUUAAACCUUAGAUUCUAUUAACAUUGGAGAAGAGGAAAACACACUACAAAUUAACAAUAACUUCAAGUCUCAGGUUCAGAACCAGACAAUUCAACGAUAAAGCAACAUAUUUUUGUCCACCUUAAUAAACCCUAAUUAGUCACACAAUAUUCUUCUUCCUGAUAGUGUGUUGUUCUCACUGAAUGCAGCAAAUAUGUGCGAGGACUCAUGCAGGAAUGUGUUCAGUCUAAGGGCUUUACUAUACACUUUUUUUUUUUUUUUUUUUUUUUUUUACAGAUAAGUGCCUCAGAAACACUGCUGAUAGUUGACUGGAUAGACCAUCUGUGAGCUUGGCUGUAUUUAUCUUGGCAUCAUAGCCACUAAAAUAUCUUUCUGCAAACAUUUAAAGUGAGAAAUGCACCAUGAGUCCUUGCUGCGUUUAGUGAGAACAUCCCGUCACUAUCAUUUCACUUUCCCUCUAAAGCCACUGCACAGGACACAAGCAGUGUUCCAACAUACUGAUUCCUCCUAAAAAAUCCAUUCAUAGGAAACUGUCUGAAAUGUCCAAUCACCAAGGAUAAAAGUCAAAGACAGAUGGAGAUGGGGAGGUUUGUCUUACUGGGACACACUCCCUGGACUUUCCAAAGGGUCCAUACUUUUUUUUUUGUGAAUCUGUGGUCAACUGAAUUUAUUUUGUACAUAUUUGCUGUGUAUGUAUAGUUCAGGUAAUUGCCAAAAGCUUAUUUCUAAGACUGAAAUACUAAAACUAUAAACAAAAAAGAAUAAAAUAGACACACUUAUGUUAACUAUAGUAUAUUAGAAGUGUAGUGAGGCAGUAGAUAUGGUAUAAUAUGUAGGAUUUUAACUUGUUUGUAUUCUUCUGUUACUGACUUGUGUUUUGAUGGAAAAAAAAAAAAAAGGAACCAAUGAUGUGCUGUGAUAUUCGGGAUUUCAAAUGACAAAAUAGGAACAGGUAAACUUGAAAUAAGAAACAUUUCUUUAUUAUUUUUAUGCUUUUUUUCUUACAAUUUCACUGAGUAAAAAAAGACAAAAUCUAUUUAUUGUUUGAAAUCACUUAUGUGUAUUUCAGCAUCAUGUGACUGAGGAUGCAUCAAGUAAUUAAGUCUUGGCUUUUUCCCCCUCUCUGGCUGGGCUGCUGUUUAUUUGCUGACAUCUCUAACCAACCUGGUCUCACAGAAAUCCGUGAAAUAG